CGACAGGCGGCGAGCGCAGCUCUCACAGCGGGGACGCGGUUUGAAAUCCGAUCCGGGCUAAUUUUUUACCCCCCUUCCUCCCCCUCCAGAGUCCGGAGCUCCAAACUGUUUAGCGGGAGUUCGUGAGUGUUGUAGUUUCACACAGAGGAGCCCGAGUAGAGAGACACAUCACCUCCGCUUACAGGGACUGAGGUGGACUGUAACUUAGACGCGCACAACACACACAGAGAAGCUGAACUUUAUUUGGAUUGCCUAUAAGGAAGAGCUGAACACGGCUGAUCCUGACGGACCCACUGGACUAUUCACCUUCUUAACAAGCAGCUGUGCGAGUUAGAGACAUUUCUAAUAGUUCAGGAUUACUAACAACACAGAAGAUCUUUGGGUGGCAAGUGGACAGGGGACACCCGUGUGACAGAGCUUGAUUUUGUGUGUGUGUGUGUGUGUGUGUGUGUGUGUGUGUGUGUGUGUGUGUGUGUGUGUGUGUGUGUGUGGCAGCACUACAUUGACAUCAUGUGUAGGAUUGUGGAAGAUGUGUGAAUCUGGUGUCCGUGGUGAGGACCCCGGGCCACGACGGCCCGUGGCUGGGAUGAUGGCACUUUGCCUUCUCCUCUACCUCUCCUCCAUCGUCCCAUCAGCCCACAGCGCUCACCUGCCCUCGGCACAGCCCACAGACUGGCGGUCAAGCGAGACAGAGACGGAGCUGGAGACGGAGGUGUUUCUAGAGGAUUACGUGGUAGCCGUGGGGGACUCGUUGGACCUUCCGUGUAACGCACCCAACUUCAUGUCUGUCACAUGGCAGAAAGACGGCGAAGUUGUGCUUCCUGGCAACCGCACCCGGCUGAACCACAAGGAGUUGCACAUCAACAACGUCUCGUACGACGACUCGGGUGUCUACUCCUGCAGAUACGAACAGGGCAACACGCUGCUCGCCAACUAUACCAUCAGAGUCACUGAUUCCCUCUCAUCUGGGGACGAUGAAGAUUAUGAUGAGGAGCCAGACGAUGCAGGUAAUGAAAAUGAAGCACCAUACUGGACCCGCCCGGACCGGAUGGAGAAGAAGCUCUUAGCCGUCCCUGCUGCCAACACGGUGAAGUUCCGCUGUGCAGCGGCUGGGAACCCCACCCCCACCAUCCACUGGCUGAAGAACGGCAAAGAGUUUAAGGGCGAGCAGCGGAUGGGAGGGAUUAAGUUGAGGCAUCUGCAGUGGAGUUUGGUAAUGGAAAGCGCUGUUCCAUCAGACAGAGGCAACUACACAUGUGUAGUGCAGAACAAGUAUGGGACCCUCACACACACAUACCAGCUUGAUGUACUGGAGCGUUCUCCUCAUCGGCCCAUCCUGCAGGCAGGUCUGCCGGCCAAUCAGACGGCGUUCGUGGGCAACGAUGUAGAGUUCCACUGUAAAGUGUACAGUGAUGCACAGCCUCAUAUCCAAUGGCUCAAACACAUUGAGGUGAACGGUAGCCGCUACAGCCACAAUGGAACACCCUACGUUACUGUUUUAAAGACUGCUGGCAUUAACACUACGGAUAAGGAGCUGGAGGUUCUGUUCCUGCCCAACGUGUCCUUUGAGGAUGCGGGCGAGUACACAUGUCUUGCGGGGAACUCUAUAGGUUUUACCCAUCACUCAGCUUGGCUUACCGUUCUACCAGCUGUAGAGAUGGAGAAAGAGGACGACUAUGCUGACUUCUUAAUCUACGGAACAGGCUGCGUGCUUUUUAUCCUCACGGUGAUCAUCAUCAUCCUCUGCCGCAUGCGGAUGAACACGCAAAAGACGCUUCCCGCACCUCCUGUACAAAAGCUCUCCAAGUUCCCCCUCAAGAGACAGCAGGUGUCCUUGGACUCCAAUUCCUCCAUGAAUUCAAACACCCCGCUGGUUAGGAUUGCCCGCCUGUCGUCCAGCGAUGGAUCUAUGCUGCCUAAUGUCUCAGAGCUAGAACUGCCCUCAGACCCCAAAUGGGAAUUUGCUCGCUCAAGGCUGACACUAGGGAAAGCUCUUGGUGAAGGCUGCUUUGGGCAAGUUGUGAUGGCUGAAGCCAUUGGUGGUGAUAAAGAGAAACCCAACAAGCCAAUCACAGUAGCAGUCAAGAUGCUCAAAGAUGAUGGUACUGACAAGGACCUGUCUGACCUGGUGUCGGAGAUGGAGAUGAUGAAAAUGAUUGGCAAACACAAGAACAUCAUCAACCUGCUUGGGGCAUGCACACAAGAUGGUCCUCUCUAUGUGCUGGUGGAAUAUGCCUCCAAAGGAAACCUGAGGGAGUAUCUGCGAGCCCGGAGGCCUCCUGGUAUGGACUACUCAUUCGACACCUGUAAGAUUCCAGAUGAGACUCUCACCUUUAAGGACCUGGUGUCCUGUGCCUACCAGGUAGCCAGAGGCAUGGAGUACCUGGCUUCCCAGAAGUGUAUCCAUAGAGACCUGGCCGCCAGGAACGUUCUGGUGACGGAGGAUAAUGUGAUGAAAAUUGCUGACUUUGGUUUGGCCAGAGAUGUGCAUAACAUAGACUACUACAAAAAGACCACCAAUGGUCGUUUGCCCGUUAAAUGGAUGGCACCGGAGGCUCUGUUCGACCGGGUCUACACACACCAGAGCGACGUCUGGUCAUACGGAGUGUUGCUAUGGGAGAUCUUCACUCUGGGAGGAUCGCCGUACCCUGGAAUCCCCGUCGAGGAGCUCUUUAAGCUGCUCAAGGAGGGCCAUCGAAUGGACAAACCUGCCAACUGCACUCAUGAACUGUAUAUGAUCAUGCGUGAGUGCUGGCAUGCUGUUCCGUCUCAGAGACCCACAUUCAGACAGCUGGUGGAGGAUCACGACAGGGUUCUCUCCAUGACAUCAACCGAUGAGUAUUUGGAUCUCGCAGUCCCGUUUGAGCAGUACUCUCCCACCUGUCCAGACUCUAACAGCACCUGCUCCUCCGGAGAUGACUCUGUGUUUGCUCAUGAUCCCCUGCCUGACGAGCCAUGCCUGCCUAAACACCACCACAGCAACGGCGUCAUACGGACAUAGAGGCUCAAAACACGGUGGCGGCAGCAGCAACAACACCCAAAAAUCCAUCAUCAUAAUGGCAUAUUAGAACACUCAUAAGAGGAAGAAGGAGGGAUCAGGGGUCAAAGACAUGUUGCCAUUCAAAUCCCCUUAUCAGCAUCCCGAUAGGAAGAGGCUCAGUGCUGCACAGCACGCAACAGAUCUCCAGCCACACCGAACUAAUCCGCUUGGCUCACUUGCAAAUUUGGAGUGGGACAGAAAGCUGCAUGUACGCUACAUCAAGGCUACCAUCGCCACAUUUCCUUUUUCUUCAUGCCCUUCUUCUGUUUAGAAGCUGACAUUCUGCUAUUUGAAAAUCAUGCUUUUUUAAAGAGAAUUCCUAUUUUUCUACUCUGCCAGUUUAUUUUUCCUUUAACGCAUGGCAUUUUGAAGGGUGAAACCAUUCCGUGCCUAUCGAACAAACACAGAACCAGUGGAACAGUCGAGACUUAUUAUACAGUAGCUACAUAUUAGAGUGACACCACGAGUGUUUUUCCAGGUAGGACAAUUUGGAGCCGAUGGGAAAAUAUUUGAUUUGCAUGAGAAUCAAACGUAAUCCAUUGCUUUCAAACAUAUGGCCAGUUUCUUUUCUUUCUUUUUUUUUUUUGAACUGUUACUUCUUACUUUUUUUUUUUUCCUUUUUUUUUUUUGUUCAUGAGAACUUCUGACACGCCAACCUUUUAAAAGAGAAGCGUCCUAGAUUUGAGGAAAUAUAAUUGUGCGUUUUGUAUGUAUCUAAAUUUUCUAUUGUAAAUAUACAGAUAUAAAUAUGUAUCAUAUUGCAGUCCACAGCAGUGUAUGUAAGAGAAAAGAAUUGAUUUUAAAAAACAAAAACAAAAAAAAAAAACAAUGCAUUGCAAAUGAGCAUACGUUGUUGAGGUCAUGUAAACAUUUAAUCUUAAAAAAAGCUAAAAAAGUUUUAUUUGAAUUAACAUGUAUAUUUGUAAAGCUAUUUAUAGACUUAACAUAAUGAUUUUAAGAUCUAAAAUUAUAGUCUAGGGUUUUUUGGUACUGUAAACAAAGGUUUUUUUUGUUUUUGUUUUUUUUUACUUUCAUUUUGUAAGUUAUUUACCACAGAGGUACAACAUUUUCUCAGCCAGUGGAUUUGUUUUUUUGUUGUUUUUUUUUUUUUUUUUUCUUAAUUUUUUUCUUUUAUCAUGUGUUCCAUCUCUUUGUUUACAGUGGCAAGAAUGUAUAAACACUAUUGGCAAUAUAAGUACCAGCCUAAUGCCAUGAACCAGAAGUUGGGUUCUGAGAUGAAAUGAGAGUGCCACAUGUUUUUCAUUGUGUUGACUGUGAUCUCAGUGUUAAUGUCUGGAAUACAGGGACCACAAAUGAUUAUCCUCUGGAGAAGAAAACUGUCAGACGUCUGAGAGCUAAAGAAAUCAGCACUUGCUAGAGUUUAAUAUAAACAUUACAAACUAAUAUUUUAUAUAAAUAUAUACAAUUUCCCUACAAUUACCUUUGCCUUGUCGGUCCAAAAAAAGUUAUGGAACUAAUGCAGAGACUUUUUUUUUUUUUUGUAGUGCGACAGACUUCUCAGAGAAUGAACACUGUGGUCCUGUAUAUCGCUCUUUCAUAUGAAGGAAUGCUUUGUGGUUAAAACCCAAAAAGGCAUCAAUUAAGACAGUAGAAUCUAUAUGGUCAAACCAUUUUAUAAAAGUGUUUUAUGAUUGCUUUUUCAUUUAUGCUACAAGAAAAGUGUGAAAUACUGCGAGGUACCUUCCAUAACUAUAUUUGUACAAAGUGCCAAAAUCUUCCAGCUGCCAAACUUUUCCUUUCUAGGUCCGUUAACAAGUUGAGAUCCUUUCUUCCUCUUCGAUCUGAGAGUGUGUUGCUGAUAGGUGAUUGUCUCUUGGUUUGUGAGUUCAACAGUGCAUUGUGCGAAGGUUUAGUGGUGUCUCAGGGUGUCCUUAGACAAUUGUGCAUGAACUGGCAAUAAUGUAUAAAGGGAUAAAGGAAGAGAUAAGGUGAUGCACUUGCUGCUAAAACAAACAAAAUAUUUGUUGAUUUAAUAUCUAAAGACUGUAAAGCUCUUUCACUGUCCUGUAUUUCGAUUGGCCCGUUUUUCGAUUCAUCAAGUGCCUGGCCCAAAGGGAGGGUUUGAUGUUUUGCUAGAGGGUUUGAAUGUACAGCCACAGCAGCAAAGACAUAAGCAGGGUGUUUCUACACACUUUGUAAAGCACCUCUUUACUGUUGUUGGAUUACAUCACCCAAAAAAACAUUUGUUAGGAAAGAAAAAAAGAGAGAGAGCUCACUGUUUGUUUGGCGGUUACUUACUGAAACACGCUCUUCCUCCUGAAUGGCUCUCUAACCUCUGGUUCACCCUCAAAAACCCUCUCUACUCUACUACUGAAGGCCCUGAACCCCCCCACCAGCACUGUGGUGCUGCUGAUCUUUUUCCCACAAAUAUUUAUUGUAUUUAUAAUUUAGUUUGUUUAGAUGUGCAUACAAUGGUGUUGGUCCUGUAACACUUUUUGUAAUCUAAGAUGGAGGUAGUACCAAGACAUGUUUUGGGGUUGAAGAGGGUUCAAUUCCUUUAAAAAUGUUUACAUUCUCUUCCAGACACCAUGCUUUUCCUGCCGCUAUCGAACUGGCUGGAACGAUUAGCAAUACGGUCUAACGACCACACUAUUAUUCUUUCGACGUGUAAUUCUUUCACUUAACGAGUCCUUUCUUUUAGCUCAGAUUGUUAGUGCCAUUCAGCUCUUAUUAGAAGAUAUUGCAGUUAAAUGACAGUUUUAAUUUGCAGAUUAUUACCAUGGAUUGAGUAGAUUUGAUAUAGGUUGUUGAAUUUAACUAGGAGUGAAAGUAAUCUUUGCAGUAUUUUCUCACAAAGGAAGUUGGUCCAACAAUGCAUUCCAUGUAGACUAUUUUGGAGGAAAUAAAGUUUGCUGUAUUAAAGCAGCAGGUCA